GCCGCGGCCGCUGCUGAUUCAUUGGCUGUAGCCGGGCGCGGCUCGGCUCGGCUCGGCUCGGCUUGGUGCGGUGUUGCAGCUACUGCCACCGCCGCUGGGCGGCGCCACAGCAGUUGCAGGCAGGAAGAUUGGAUAUUUCUCAUACAAGACCUUGAGCUGCACCUCAAGUCCUGCACAUUUAGGAUCUUGUGAAUUGGCAGAGAAGCACAGACCAUUUGGCUAAGUAUUUCCUGCAAACUCCUUUCUCAUCUGCGCUUGAAAGUGGCAGAGCUUGCUCAAAACAAUAGCCAUAGGUUAGGGCUGUAGAAAGCUGGGUUCUGUGUGUUUUAGCUCAUGCAGAGCAGAGUCACUAUGUUUGUGCUUCAUUUCCUCAUUGGCUUGUUUGUGAUUGCAUCUCCUAGAGUAAAAAGCAGAGCAGUGCUGAUGAAGGCUGGUUCCUUUGCCCCCCAGAAUAUUGCUGUUAUUAUGGGGACUCAGGGCACAGGAACAGCCUGAGUUAUUAACUUCCUGUAGCCAGCAGCUUCUGGUUUAAUUGCCCUGCCUAGCCUAUGGAACUGAUGUACCAGCUUACUUAGCCUUGGACUGCUCAGUUCGAAGUGUUGUUGCUUUCUGUGCAUGUUUGGCUUCUGGGAUGUUCAUUGUUUGCAAGGGGCCAGAAGUCAAUCAAGUUUUCAGACUCUGCACUGGUAAGCAGAAAGGAAACAUGAAAAAUCGAUGUAGUUUUUGAUUGAAAAUGUGCCUCAUUUCUUGCAUCUUCCUCACUGGUAGUUUAUCUUGCUUCAGAUAUGAAGAAGUAGAUUGAUCAGUCUGCAUAAAUUUACUGUUGUGUGUGCAGGUCAGAUUUGGAGGUGGUUGUUGCUGGUUACAUACAAGGCCAGUUCCAGAUGUACACAAAAUCAGAUUUGCCUUGGUGGCCCCAGUGGCAGCUUAAACCAUGAAACUGUGCUUCAGACAUGGUGUGUGUCCAGUUUCAGAGAACCUUGGUGUCUGUGUGAAAGGAGCUGCAGCCACCUGCUGACAUCCUUUAGUCUGCAGAGAGACCAAGCCAGUGCUCCAGAAGAGGGCCAUGAGGAUUUGCCCUUUUACUGACAGCGGCACAUUGAAACGCUUCUCACACAGAAAAAUCUAGGUUGGAAGGGACCCCUGGUGGUCAUCUGGUCUGAUCUCCUGCUCAAAGCAUGUUCAAUUAAAUCAGGAUAUAUUUAUUUAGGUGCGAGAUGUCUGCCCUGAGGUUGAUUUCUAACAGAACCUCCCAGCAGGCCUUGUCUAACUCUGAUUACACCUGGGAGUAUGAGUACUAUGAGUAUGGACCAGUGUCAUUUGAAGGCCUGAAGGCUCAUAAAUAUUCCAUUGUGAUUGGAUUUUGGGUUGGUCUUGCAGUUUUUGUCAUCUUCAUGUUCUUUGUUUUGACCUUGCUGACGAAGACAGGAGCACCACAUCAAGAAAAUACAGAAUCUUCUGAAAAAAGAUUUCGGAUGAACAGCUUCGUGGCAGAUUUUGGAAGACCUUUGGAGUCGGAGAGAGUCUUUUCUCGUCAAAUAGCUGACGAGUCCCGGUCACUUUUCCAUUUCUGCAUUAAUGAAGUGGAACAUCUCGACAAAGCGCAACAAAGUCAGAAAGGUCCAGAUCUGGAGAGUAAUAUCCACUUCCAGGAAGCUUCCAGGAGCGGUGGAACAUUAGAGGAGGACCUGAAUUGUCUUACGAAAUUUAACAUUCCUAACUUCGUGAACACUGAGCAGAAUUCUUCACUAGGUGAGGAUGAUCUGCUCAUCUCAGAGCCACCUAGAGUUUUAGAAAGCAAAAUGGCCAUGCAGGCUUCUCAUCGGAUCCUUGACUGAAAAUUUCUUAAGGUAAAAAUUCCAGUCGGAAGCCCUUCUCCACCUUCUGGCUAUUUUGGUAGAAGGUAUUUAAAGCAUGUGCUUUUUUUUUUUUUAAUUGUAUGUAAGAAUGGCUGUGCUUACAGAG